AUGAUACCAAACAUCAUGGGAAAGACAACGGUUUUCAACUACAUUGUCUUUAUCAUAAUUUUAAUCCUAUGCUUCAUACAAACUCUGAAUUGCUCAAGGGGGUCGAGGGAUUGCAAAAAGUGCAAAACAAAGCUUCGAGAUGGUAGGCGUCAGACGAACUACACAACUAAGGUGACGUUUUCUGGAAUUAUCGAUGCAAAAGGGGAACCAUAUGAUAUGUCACCAACGCAGGGGUUAGAGGACGCUUGGAAGAUGAUUGAUCCCAAUGUGACGUCUCGUUCUGACGUCAUUAAAAAAGGAAGAGAAUUUGUAGCAUAUGUUCAACAAAGGUUUAACAUCGAUAUAAGCAGAUUGAGUGACACCGAAUUAUUGAUGGGGUCUCCAGUAGAAUUCGGAAAUCUAACAUUUGCGGGAUAUACUACAGAAGCUGACCUUAGGCUUGUUUCGAAAACAACUCCAACCCGACAAGUCAAGUACUACAGAAAUACAAAAUACAAAGGGGUUGGAUACGCCCUUCUUGUAAAUGCUGAUGUCGAUCUAGACGGAGGAGAAUGGACUGGAAUGAUGCCAACACAUUCAACUAUCUAUACAGAAAACGCUAUAAUUGACAGCAAUGAAUGCGACUUCAAGGAGGAACCGCACAUACUGAUAACGCGCCCACUUGAUAUCCACCCGGCUAAGUAUUAUAACGGUGAAUAUGUUGGUGCCAAUACUUGGGAGGCUGAAGUUUGGUCAAGUAUAUACGGCCAUGGCGUGCAGUACUCUAUCGAUAUGCACGAAGUUUACGUUUAUGCAUUUGUUAACGUCUUUGGUGAUGCAUCAUGAUAAUAAAUUACAAAAAAUGCAAUAUACAAACCAAA